ACACUUUAAUGUAAUAUUCCUGAUCACAUGACUCUUAAAAUGGCCGACAAAAACAGUCUGAGCAAACAGUUUGAAAAUGAAGAGAAAACAGAUGAUAUAUUUGAUGAAGAUGUAGAUGAUGAUCGUAUUGUUUCGAAGGAAUGGAAAAAGAUACAGUCAGGACUAUUGGAGGGAGGAUACAGAGAAGGAUUAACGUCGGGGAAAGAAUCAAAACUUCAGAAGGGGUUCAAUGAAGGGUUUUCAGAUGGUGCUCAGACUCUCUAUAAACUGGCAAAACAGAGAGGAGAAAUUAGUGCUAGAUUAUCUUGCCAGUACCAACAUGAUCAAGGCAUAAGUUCUGAAGAUGAAAAGGAACUUCAAAAACAGUUAAAUCAUAUAACACAGUUGGAAAAAGACCUAAUAAAUGCAUCAAAAAGUCGAAAUAUCAAUGAGAUGAAAAUACUUAAAAGUCAGAAAAUAUUUUGAUUUACAAUCAUUAAGCAUAUACAUGUAUAUAUGUGGACAACAUACGGAAAAUGUCCAAUGGGAAAGUGUCCAGUAACAACAGUGUCUUGAUGAAGCAAAACAAUUCUGAUUAUGACCAUACUUUAAUCAGCUGAAUAUGUACUUGUCUUUGAUAAUGUAGUCAAUGAUGGUUUGAAGUUUUAAGCACAAAAAUACAGUGUUUAUAAUUGAAAAAUCUUUUAAAGGCUUGCAUUAGAAGUUUAUUCAGUAGCUGGAGUAAGACCAGGGUUAUUUUUUUGAUACAACAGAAAUAUCUACACAAAUGUCUUAAUGAAGAACAGUUUUGUCUACAAUAAACAUUUGAUACUGUCACAGUCUUAUAUGAUUUAUCUUAACACUUUAAAGCUUUGAGAUACA